GGAAUUAAAAAAAGUGUAAAGAUUUCAACUUUAAUUUCCAUAUAAACUUAGCUUAAAAAACAGUUGUUUUAAUUCCAAUAUAAGCUUAGCUGAAAAAACAGUUACUUGAAUUCUGGUCCAUAAUAUAUAAGUAGUAUUAUUAAACACACACUGGUAUGAUUAAAUAUCAGAUUUUUCAGGUAGAGCUCAUGUCCGCCACGCGUAGAAAUUGAUAUUUGGGAAAUACAAAAGUUGAAGUUCUUGAAGCAAAAACAGAGCAAAAAUGGGAAGCAAUAACAACAGAGAGACAACUUUUUACAAAGAAGUGCUACCAUUUACAGCUAUGGUGACUAUGGAAUGUAUAAUAGUUGGAUUAAAUACACUUUACAAAGCUGCUACUAACAAAGGCAUGAGUAAUCAUGUCUUUGUUGUUUAUAGUCAUGGUCUUGCUGCUCUUCUACUUCUUCCUUCUCCUUUCUUCUCUGCCAGAUCAAGGAUACUUCCACCUCUCAAUUGCUCAAUUCUCGCCAAAAUCUUUCUUCUUGGAGUUAUCGGGUGUACAUCACAGAUAAUGGGGUAUACAGGCAUUAUCUAUGCCUCUCCUACGCUUGCCUCCGCCAUCAGCAAUCUCGUCCCUGCUUUUACUUUCGUCUUGGCUGUCAUUUUCAGGUUCUCUUUAAUAAUCUCAUGUCCUAAUUUCAGGUCAUUGAGAUUAGAGGCAGAUAGAUUUUUCACAAGCAAUUACAACGAGGAGACAUACACAAAGAAAGGAUUGGAGUGGGUGAAUACUACUGAAAGUUUGAAAGAUGUGUUAGAUCGUCAUUAUCCAGAAAUGACUGAUAAAUGGAUGAAUUCAAACAGCGCAUUUUCUGUUUGGGACUCUUCUCCAGAACCUCACAAUCCUAUUCCACUCUACUUUCGUGUUCCUCAGUAG